AUGACAAGCUUGUUUCGAAAAGGAACAAUUUCCAAGGAUCCAAAAUUGUUACAAGAUUUAGAACGAUAUUAUAAGAUACGAGCAGCAGCUAGUCGAAUUUUAUCAAUUGCUCAGAAUCCAUUACAACGUCUUGAUGCGGCUAAAACACUACUUGUCAGUCAUGCACAAUUACUAAGUUAUGCUUUACAUCCGAAUUUGUCAUCUUCAAAUCUACUGACAAAAGAAAUCCCUAUUAUUAAUGGGACUGUUUCACGAAAAACAUGUUUGGCUCGACCAGGUUAUGCGCAAUUAUGUCUUUCAGAUGUGCGCAUACCUUUGCUAUGGCGUAACAUACCCCCAGGCACUAAUAUACAUUUAGCAAUGCAACAAUUGUUUCCACAGUCCUCUAGCAUUGUUAGUGGUCUAUUGCCUACUGUUGUCAAUGCAUCAGGAGAUAAUACUGAUAUAUCAGAUAGUAAAGAUCAGUUUCAUGGUUACAGUUUGUUUUGUACUAUUCAAGUCGGUCAUGUAAUUCUUGACAGUCGACUCAUCUUCGACAUCAAACCUGGUACUGCAAACAUCGAAUUCAAUGAUAAGUGGAUUUUUGAUGAUGUAACAUCCGAAUUUGAGUGUAUCAUUGAAAUUUACGCAUUCCCUAAGGGAAAUGGUAAAAGCAAUUCUCUAUUCUCCAAACGCCGAUUUUCAUCAGCUUAUGAAAUUGGGAAAAAAGUUAUCGAUCAAUACGACGUAGAUUCAUUGAUCAGUCAGAAUUCAUCUCAUUAUUUCGAUUUGAUUGGACGGUGUGUGGCGAACAUAAAAGAUGUAAACAAUAAAGUCUCUUCACAUGCAUUGGAAGUGGGUGGUCAACUAUUGUAUCCACCUGAGUCUAAAAAUUUGUCAUCAAUGCUGCCUAGUAAUACAACAAGUCAAAAGAAUCAUCUGUUUAAUGACCAAUUGAAUGAAAUGUCUGAAGUAUGCGAUCUACCAUUAUUUGGCAAUAUUUGUUAUCGAUUAAUUGCUCAGCCUCAUUCAACUAAACUUCCUUUGAAGUCAGGUUACAUAUGGAUUCGUAAAUUAACUCCUUCACCUAUUCAAUCACCUAUGAUGCUUUAUUACUGUGAACUUCAAGAUCGUUUCAUUUUUGCCACAUUGAUGAGUACUAGUUGUAGUAUAAAAAGUUCAUAUGGAUUUUCAUCAUUGGAUCAUGAAAUUCACAAGUUGAAAUCUACAAAUCAUAUAAUGGAACCUCAUGUUCAUCGGCUGAGUAUAACUCCUGAAGAUAUACCAGUAAGUGAUGAUCCAACUAUCAAAACAGUAUCUUCAUCGAAAAAAAAAAGUCGUGAAAAAAAGCACUUAAACAAUCCUGAGUUAUCUUCAACCCCAGCUAAUUCCAGAAGAAUUAUCUCCGUUUCUGAUGAUUCCGAUCAUUUUUCAAGUAACAACUCAUCAAGUUCUGAAAAAAAUGGAGAUCAAUUGUUGCGUAAUCUUCGUCACCCUGAUCUGAUGAUACCUAUUCAUCCAAAAACAAAUUUUCUCGAUCCUCAACCUGUUGUGAGACAAAUUGAACUUGCUACCUGUGGAAAAAGUAGUCAGGCAAUAGAUAUCUCUCAAACCGACUCUAAUACAUCGGCUAAAUGUUAUAUACCUUCACCUAACAACGGAUCACAGUCCAAUCUUGGAAUUCAUCACCCAGAAAUCAAACAUGUUCCUCCUAUUGAAAGAAAACGAGCAUUGUCAACAGUUGAUAUAUCAUGUUUGUCUCAUAGUUUUCAUUUUGAAGAUCCCCUUUAUACACAAUCCUUUUUCUCUUCAUGUAAGACGGGAUUGUUAAAUUCCCAAUCUGUUGAUAAUCUUUAUUAUCCUACGAAAAUUGAAAACUCUGAAGGAUUACAAGAUAAGUCUGUUUUAGGACUCCAGUCAGACAAUUCGUCCAAGCAGUUGUAUACUCGAUCGACUACAAAGGUGAAUGGUUUACCUUCUAUUGAAGAUAAAGGUGAAUCUUUAUCUAGAAGUUCAUUAUCUCCAUUAAUGAAACGUUGCAGAAAACGUAUCCUUAGUCCUAUUGAUACCAGGAAAAGAACUAAUCGAAUUUCUCGUUCUGUUGAACCUGUUGGUAGGCUAUUAUCUAAAGAAAUAUCUGCCUGUAAUGUGGACAUUGCUAACUCGUUUGACUUCACCGAGCUUAGAAAACUUCAGUAUUUGUCAUCGCAAUCUUCUGAAUGUAGUUCACAUAUUCCGAUUUGUGAUACUGUCAAAAAUGAUAACACAGACUCUGAUAAGUCUCAAGUUUACUCAUCUCAAUUACUUACAUUCCGCAUUGCUACAUGUCCUUUAAAUGGAAAUAUUGUGUCACAUGAACACCAUUCGGCGGAGUUAGUACAUGAUCCUGUCAAUGAAGUAUUCGAAUUCACAGUAACAAAAGUAUUUGGAAAUGAUCCUAUGCAGUUAGACGAUUCAAGUGGAAUAUUUGAAUAUGAUGAGAAAGAAGUUCUUGCUUGGUUUUCAAUUAUUAAAAAUCAUAUAAAGGAACAAGAAGUUUGGGGUUCUGAAGCUUUCUCAAAAAAUAUCAGUAUACCUAAAACAACAUCGAAUUCUAUACGAAAUACAAGUGCUCGACGAUCAAUUGCAUUCUCUAAUGACUUUACAAUUACAUCAAAUUAG